AUGGGCUUCAUCACCAACCCCAAGGAUGGACAAUCCGACGACUCCAGCAUCAACAGCAGCGAGCUGCAGUACACGGCGCAGGCCGGUGCUAAUUCCUCCCUCCCGACAUACCAGGAGGCCAGUGGUGCCCCUAUCGAGGUCAACUCGCCGCUGGGAUACUCUGUCGGGUGGGUGACCGUCAUCUUUCUGAACCUGAGCAAGAUGAUCGGGACGGGUGUUUUCUCAACCCCCGCGGCUGUCUUCAAAGGGGCCGGCUCCGUGGGCCUCGCCUUGUUCUACUGGGUCAUUGGGUUCUUCAUGGCAGGAAGCUCGCUGGCCGUGUACCUGGAAUUCUCCUCGUACUUCCCCAGUCGCUCCGGGUCGGAGGUGGUGUAUCUCGAGCAGUCCUAUCCGCGACCCAAGUACUUCUUCCCAACAGUAUUUGCGAUGCAGUCGGUGCUGUUCUCGUUCAGCAGCAGCAAUGCCAUUGUGUUGGCACAGUAUCUCUUUCGACUUGCCGAGGCCGAAUCCACGCCGUGGAAACUGAAGGGAGUUGCCGUUGCGUCCUACACCGUUGCCGUCUUAGUGCUGGCAUUCAAUACAAAGUGGUCUCUACGGGUGUCCAAUGCCAUUGGCUUUGUCAAAUUGGUCACUCUGAUCUUUAUUGCCAUCACCGGCUUGGUUGUCCUCGGCGGCAAGACGUCCAUCAAAGACCCCAAGGCCAACUUCCGCAAUGCGUUCGAAGGCAGCCACCAGGCCUCGGUGUAUGGAGCGACAAACGCCCUGGUGAAGGUGGCUUUCUCGUACGCAGGGUUCGAGAAUGCAUUCAACGUGGUGAACGAAGUCAAGAACCCCGUCAAAACCCUCCGCUGGAGCGCUCCGAUCUCCCUACUGCUUGUGGCCACCCUGUACAUUCUCGCCAAUAUCGCCUACUUCUCCGCUGUCACGAAGGACGAGAUCCUCAAUUCUAAGGUCGUCGCCGCAAGUAUCUUCUUCCAAAAGGUGUUCGGAACGAGCGGUGCAUCUCGCGCAUUGAACAUCCUGAUCUGCCUGAGUGCGUUUGGAAAUCUGCUUGCGGUGCUCAUCGGACAAUCGCGACUUCUCAGAGAGUGUGGACGACAAGGUGUUCUCCCGUGGACUAGGUUCUGGACCUCUACACGCCCCUUCGGCACACCCCUCGGCCCCUACGCGCUGAAAUGGGCCCUAACCAUCAUCAUGAUCCUUGCUCCGCCGGCUGGUGAUGCCUUCAACUUCGUCGUGGAUCUUGGUGUUUAUCCCGUCAACGCAUUCGCCUUCCUCCUCGCGAUCGGGCUCCUUCUCACCCGUCGUCACCGCACAAAGAACAAUAUCCCACCAUCGGACUACCGCGCCUGGGACGUUGUCGUGGGCUUCUCGAUCCUGUCGAACGUUUACAUGCUUGUGGCCCCGUGGUAUCCGCCCGCCACCGGUGCGAAUGGUGGAGAUGUGAGUUUCUGGUACGCGACGUAUUGUGCUGUUGGGUUGGGAAUUAUCGGUCUUUGUGGGGUGUACUACUAUGUCUGGAUCAAGGUGCUGCCUCGCUACGGAGGAUACGUGUACCGGCAGACUAUCCUGAACAUGGAUGAUGGGGCCACGGCGCAUCAGCUCGUCAAAGUCCCCAAGGACCAAGUCGCCAAAUGGGACGCCGAGCAUGAUGCUACAGGCCGGGAGAAGGAGCCGGAGGCAAUCAGCAGCGCCGUGGACAUCAAAGUCAGCACCAAGCAUGAAAUCGGUGUCUAG